GGUGGUGGUGGUGGUGGUGGUGGUGCAGUGGCAGCCCCGACUGAGUCGUGUGUGCACCAGAUCCAUCGAUUUAACGGGAACACAAAAUAGAGGAGAUGCUACGUCGUCUCGCCGUGCGUCGCGCGUCCGGUCGUGUCGUGGAGCAGCAGCUGACGACGGCAUCGUGCGCGACCGCGGGCAGGAUUGUCGGCCGCUAAUAAGGGACGUUAUGGGAAGAUGGUGAGGCAGCUCGGUGCUCACUGGGAGCAUGGGUUCGCAAACGCUGGAGAUCCUGAGGCAAGGCGUCUGGGCGAGCCUGACAGGCGGCUGGUUUUACGAUCCGCAUCUCGAUGUUUUCUCCAACACGUUCCACCUCUACGUCUGGCUGUUCCUGCUCUGCCUGCCGUUCACGAUCUACCUGUAUUUUCCACCCACGUUGUACGUCUGGCUAGCAUACUGCUCGUCAUUCGUCGCCGUCUUCGGUACGAUAAAGUGCGUGAAUCAUGCCCUGCACUGUGUAUACGACACGACGGAAUGCCUGGAGGAACCCAAUCAGUCGGUCAGUCAGCAGAAAUCGGAGGGCGAAAAGAAAUGGGCGGGCCACAACAAGUCUAGGGAACAGUCGCAGGAUCAGACCGGCCAUGGCAUAGAGCUGCAAGUUUUGAAUGGUAAAACGAAUACACCACCUGUAGAAUGUUCAUCGCGUAAUUCGUUUAUUGAACCAAAUAUACUGAAUUCCGAUGCGGAUAGUAUAACAUCUGAAUACACUCAGGAUAAAGCUAGCUCAACCAUAGAUUUGAAGGUAGAGAUACACAGGAAAAACAGCUCGGAAAGCUCGGAAGAGGCGCAGCAGCUUAGCAAACCAAUGAUAACUAGCAUCAACGUGCAUGAAGCUGAACUAGUUUCUGCGCAGUAUCACGAGCCACGUUCUAAAAACAUUAUAAAUGAAUGGAAAUUGAAGCGGCAAAAAUGUGUGGUGAUAGCGGAGGAGGAUCGACCAUCGCGUAAAUUGUGCCGGCAUUCGUCCGAGGAAUCGUCUAGAAAUCGACAUUCAAAACAGAGCAAUCUCGGUAAAACGGGAUCUGAGAGCCAAAUAAAGCAAACCAGCUCAUUGGAAUUGACGAAUCAUCGUCAUAUCGGCGACGAUUAUCCAUACUGGAUGUUCAAUCGAAGCGUUCGCAGACUCAACUCCAAUUCUAUAUCAAAGGCACGCUUGACGAACGAUCAUCCACAGAGCUUGGAAAUCAUAUCGAAAAAGGGAGAUACGGACAACAAUAAGAUCUCGUCUCAUCCGCAAUCGUUAGAGGUUAUUACCAAGAAACCACACCAACAACUAGUACAUCCGCAAAGUCUUGAAACAAUUGGCGCUACUAAUAAAAAUAUAAGCAGUACGGACGACAAUAACUUGCCUCUUCAUCCCCAAAGUCUCGAGACAAUUAAUACCAAAAAGGUCUUACCGCAAAACACACUGAAGAGAAACCAACUACAGCUCUUACCAUAUCUUAGUUUUGGAUCCGAGAUAGUUUAUCCGAUAGCAGAACAGAGUGACGAACAAUUCGCCAAUGAGAGUUCGGAAGAAUUUAGCCUGUGUGAUUCUUACAGUCCAUUGUUAACGCGAAAAAAUAUGAACGAUGCGAACGCUACAUCUAAUCGAGACAGAAGUCUCAGCGCUGGCAGAUUUGAAGAUAGAUUCUCAAGGUUUAACGACGACAAUGGAAUAGAUAAUAACUCGGCAAAUUCUCGAGAUGCUUUAAUAGAAGAGUCAAAGUCUAGAGGAGUGAAAAGGAGAUACAGCAAUGCCAAUCAGAGCAAUCAUGAGUUUUUGGAUGCUGAUAAAAAUAAAGAGAAGCGGCGAGAUAAAUCUAAAAACACUCCAGACGAUCCGCUCAACUCGGGGAGCAUAGUCGGCAUAGAUUGGCUGUUCGAGAACGGGGAUUGCUCUGUAGAGCCGUGGACAAGUAAGAUAUUUUGGACUUUCACUCGCUCCGAUGAUACGGAUACGUCAGAAAGCCUACAGACGGCUAGUACAGAUUAUCUUCAUUCUAAAGAGCCUCACUCGGGAUCGUCCAGUACAACAACUCUCAGCAUCGAGAACGAAGUAAAGCGGAAUUUGCUACCACAGCUGGAAGUGGACAACACCGUCAAGCGCCACCAGGGGGCGAUCCCCAAGCAGAGCCGUCCAAAACCCACUGUGUUGAAUGACGUCGCAGAUGACAGCAUCGUACCGAGCAGUGUCGAGCAGCAACAGCCGCGGGAGAAUCUUAAACGCUACAUUAAAGUGCGACGAGAGAGAACCAGGAGGCGAGGAGAUAAUUCCAAAUUCGAGCAGACUUGUGGCUCGAACCACGAACUUAGCACAUUGCUGCCGAGUCCGGCGUCCCCGUUACUAGCCGCGUUGCUAAACAACUCCGGUCGAGAUCUACCCGGUCAGUCGAGCGGCGCCACGUCAUCCGAUCUGCGGCUCGGUCGCAAUUCCGAGAAGCGACAAUUUCGGACCAGGUACGGACGAUUAAAACGGUCUAACCGAACUCACCGCGUUAGGGGCUCGCGCAACAUUGCCAGUCGGGAAGAUAAUGUCGUGCCAUUAACCGCACUAUUUGGUCUAAUCUCGAGCGGCGAGUGUCACCUGGCCACCAAUCAAAAUGACACUUCGGAGGGAGCAGUACACUACUUUCGCGACGAUAACGGUCACUGGUUGGCUUACACGUUUGACGAGAAGGGUCUAGACGUGGCUGCCGCGGCCGCAGCGGCGACGGCAGCGCAAAUACCCGCCAAUCCGCACAACGAGAAGCUGUUGAAUACCUUACUGCGCCAGCAAAUCAAUCAGAAUAUGCUCUAUGACGCUGCUAAUUGGGAGCUCGCGGAUUCAUUAAGCAACAGUUACAGCAGCCUGUCACUCAAUUCCGCAGGACUGACGGUAAUAAUCGACACGCCACCGGUGCUGUCAAGCCCGGCGAGUAAUCAGACAAAAACGCAGAGCUCACCGCCGUCCAAUUUGAUCUCCUCAAAUACAGGCAGCUCAAAUCAGUGCACCCUCGGCGAGAAUUCGGAACGCGAGCAGUUUCAUCACACACUGAUUACGCGCUCAGACUCGAUGGCCGACCGGAAUCGUAUAUUACAAAAUCUGCUGGGCAAUCUGGAUCUGAAUCUAAAUCUGAAUCUGAAUCAGAAUCAGUAUCAGUCGGAUCUGAACGGUCGCAUGCCGGUACUGACAUUGCCAACGCAUCAGGAACCCGACAUAAACACCAGCUUGUCAUGGAAUCGUUUCGUCGAUGGUCUGGACGGUUCCGAUUCCAAACCCAAGCAGACCCGGCAUUAUUACAAGUGGAAGAUCGGCAAGCUGCCACACAUCAAGAUACGCUUCGACCGUCUCGCUCUACUAGCUCUGCUCGACCGUAAUCUGACUGUAUUCGAGACCGUCGUUUCCACAUUUCUGGCGGGCGCGGUUGCGGGCCUGGGCCUUCUGCUACUUCAGCAGGGCUUCUAUCGGGACAUCUUCGCCUUCAUAUUCUGCUUCGUGACGGCCAGCUGUCAGUACUCGCUGCUCAAGUCGGUCCAGCCCGAUGCUGCGUCGCCCACGCACGGCUUCAAUCGCAUCAUCGUGUUCUCCAGAUCCGCGUACUAUAUCUUGUGCUCGAGUUUAAUCUUAAUCUUCAAUGAGACGCUUAGGGACUUCAAGUCGUCCGACUUUCGCGUAUAUGGAUUGCGCGUCGCCGAUUAUGAUCUCAUACUGCAAGUGCGAAACAUUUUACUGAUAUUUCUGCUGUGUUUUCCGAUUGUGUUCUCGUUAGGACUCUUUCCGCAAAUUAACACGUUCCUUAUGUACGUCUGCGAACAUCUGGACAUCCAUCUUUUCGGCGGCAAUGCGACCACUAGUCUGGUGUCGUCGGUGUACUGUCUGUGUCGCAGCGUGGUCGCGGUUCUCAUUCUCUACGGAUUCGCUUACGGUGCCCUUCUCGAGCCCAAAUCCUCGCAGCAUAUCUUGUUUUCCAUAUUUGUCGGUCUGCUCGUCGCGAUAUCCUAUCAUCUGAGCCGAUCAUCAUCGGAUCCCACCGUGAUAUGGGACAUUCUCAAGACGAAUCUGUGGCCGCCAGAGAUAGGUGACAGAUACACGGAGGAGAAGGAGGCAAAAAUCAUCGAGAACACAUCGUCAUCGCAGCCCGUCGACAAUGUGGCCGCAACAACGAGUUACAAGGAGACCAAGAAUAAAACGUCUUCUUCCGGAAGGAAGAAGGACGUGAAGAUCAAAGUGGGCGAGCAGAUGUCUGAUACCGAACUGGUGGAUCCGCUACCGGAAAAGCUACGCUCGACGGUGAACUCUCGAUUGAAGAACGAUCUGAUCGUGUGCGCGGUGAUCGGUACUCUAUCCUUCGGAAUUCACCGAACAACAGUGUUUACCGCUCUGCAGCCGGAGCUCAAUCCGGUGUUGUGGAGUAUUGUAAGCUGUCUGGGCUUUCUGCUACACUACAUCGUGCCACAGCUACGCAAGCAGCUGCCUUGGUUAUGCCUCUCGCGACCGGUGCUGCGUAGUCACGAGCACGCGCAAUUUGAGGUGCGCGAACCGGUGAGGAUAAUGUGGUUCGAAAAGGCCUACGUGUACCUGUGCUUCCUCGAGCGAAACGUACUCUAUCCGGUUGUCUUCCUGGGCGCGCUCACGGAGUGUUCGUCGAAGAUCGCCGACAAGUUCGGCGAGAGCGUAGGUGCGCUCAUCGUUGUCGUAUGCGGCCUCAAAUCGCUCAGGUCGGCAUACUCGGACCCGUCCACUCGCUACCUCGUCCUCGUCUUCGCAGUCCUCUUCUUCCAGCUCGACUUCAGUCAUCUGAGUGAGACCUUCCUGAUGGACUACUUCGUCACGGGCAUCGCAUUCGCCAAGAUCUACGAAUUGCUGCUUAAGAUCCGCUUCGUCGUCACAUACAUCGCGCCUUGGCAGAUUACUUGGGGUAGCGCGUUCCACGCGUUUGCUCAGCCCUUCUCCGUGCCGCAUUCCGCGAUGCUCUUCCUUCAGGCCGGUAUCUCGGCAAUGCUCAGCACACCAUUGAACCCGCUGCUGGGUAGCGCGAUCUUCAUCUCAUCUUACGUGCGGCCGGUCAAGUUCUGGGAGAGGGACUACAAGACCAGGAGAGUCGACCAUUCGAAUACGCGUAUGUCUUCGCAUCUGGAGCGCAAUUUGGGCGCCGACGACAACAACCUGAACUCCAUAUUUUACGAACAGCUCACACGCUCCCUCCAGCACAGCCUGUACGGCGAUCUCGCGCUUGGCCGAUGGGGAAAUGUGGAGCAGGGAGAUUGCUUCCUGCUCGCGUCAGAUUACUUAAAUUGUUUGGUACACAUAGUUCAAUUAGGUAACGGGCUGGUGACGUUCCAGUUGAGAGGUCUUGAAUUCCGAGGAACAUAUUGCCAGCAAAGAGAGGUGGAAGCAAUCUCAGAAGGCAUUGAGGACAACGAUAAUUGCUGCUGUUGCGAAAUGGGUCAUCUAUCGAACGUGCUCAGCGUGAACGCAGCCUUCAGUCAACGCUGGCUCGCCUGGGAAGUCGCGAGCGCUAAAUAUGUGCUUGAGGGAUAUUCGAUCUCCGACAACUCGGCGGGCUCUAUGCUGCAAGUGUUCGAGUUUCGUAAAGUACUAGUUACCUACUAUGUCAAGAGUAUCGUCUUCUACGCCGUCAAGUCGCCCAAAUUGAAGCAGUGGCUAGAAAACCCGGACAUCAUUGAGGCGCUGAAGCCGACGCUAGACAAGAACUUCGUUGAUCUCGAUCCCGUUUUUAAUGUGAAGAUCGAUGAGGACUUUGACUUUCGUGCGAGCGGCAUCACGCGAAGCAACUUUUGCAAUGUUUACCUCGACUGGAUACAAUAUUGCGCUGGUAAACAAGAUAAGACACUGGAUAGAACACGCGAUUCGUAUCUCGUAUCGCUGUGCCUCUCAUUAAGUCUCUUAGGAAGACGCGUGUUAGGCGCUGCAUCUCAUAACACAUUAUCGAACGUAGAAUUUUUUCUCUAUGGAUUACACGCGUUAUUUAAAGGUGAUUUCCGGAUAACAUCAGUUCGCGACGAAUGGGUGCUGCACGAUGUCGAUCUGCUGCGCAGCGUAGUCGCGAAGGGAAUAAGAAUGGCCUUGAAAUUGCAUCAAGACCACUUUAUGAGUCCAGAACAGUACGUCGAAUCGGCGGCGCUUUUUGAGGCCAUCGACAAUCACGAUCAGAAUCUCGUCAUUAGUCACGAAGCGGAUCCUCUUUGGAGAAAUGCUGUAUUGAGCGGUGCGCCCAGUCUACUGGCGCUCAGACACGUGCUCGACGAUGGCAUAGAUGAGUACAAAGUAAUAAUGCUCAAUAAACGUUUUUUGAGCUUCCGAGUGAUCAAAAUGAAUCGCGAAUGCGUCCGCGGACUCUGGGCCGGUCAACAACAGGAAUUGGUAUAUUUGAGGAACAGAAAUCCGGAGCGUGGUUCGAUACAAAAUGCCAAACAAGCGCUGAGGAACAUAAUCAACAGUUCCUGCGAUCAGCCGAUUGGAUAUCCGAUUUAUGUCUCCCCUUUAACGACCAGCUACGCCGAAACCAACGAACACUUGUGUUCGGUAAUCGGAGGACCAUUGACUUUCGGCACUAUAAAGAGCACAGUGUUGAAAUUAUGGAGAAGAAUAAGAAGAAGAUGUGGUCAAGGUUGUUCCUCGGGCGGCACUGGCUCUCAAGACGAUGGAGGCUUCGGAAAUGAUGGAGUGUAUGCGAUGACUACAUACAAUAUACAUUCUGGCUAUGCUCAAUCGGGUCACAAUACUUCUGGCUCUCAGUCAAUGGAGUCUGGCUGUCAGAUCGGCGGUUCGACUGGUCGAGGUUCUCUCGGUCGUGCAAAUACAGGCUCUCUCGGUGGUAACAGAGGUUCACUAGCUUCCGUUGGGAAGCCAACCAGCUCGACACUUGCCAGUUUGGCCGGACUGCUCAGUAGUAAUGAUAUCAAAAUGGAAACCAAGAGUGAGACAAGCUUCUCUAGCAAGCUAGAGAAAGAGGAGGUUUACCAAAGGGUUCGCAUUAUGGAUCCUAAUCAAGUAUAUGAUGCCAUUAAUCUGGGCCGACGUAUAGAUGUGAUAUGGCCGGACGAGAGGAUGCGACAGCAAGGCGGUCGUUCCGGCUGGCAGCAUUGGGUGCCAGAGAGAGGUAUGGAGGGUUGUGUAGUUCAUCGCUGGUCGCCAAACCAUCGCGAUCCUAAUCGACGGUCGCACGUCGACAAAGUCAUCCUGCUGGUGAAGAUCGAGGACAAGUAUGUGCCGAUAGCCGAGCAGGGCGUACGGGAUUUGGGCGCAGAGGUUUAGCAUAACGCCUCUGAAACGGAGGACGCGAUGAUACUAUACGGUCGUCAUUUUUGUCGACUUGCUCUGCCGACUUGUGAUAGCGCAUAUUCGUCAACUGCGACCCCGCAGCAGCGGUCCAGCUUCGCUCGAGAGUACAUGGUACCAACGAAACGCAAAAGCUUGGAUAUUAAUCUCUAUUAACAAGCGAACAAAUGUAUCAUAUUGACAAUGUCGAACGCUAGUUACCUACUUCCACGAAGUCAAUACUCGCCAUUAGAUCGUAACUCGAAGGGACUCGGAUCAGUGGAUAUGCUCAAUCACGUGAGACCCUUAACUUAUCCCAAUUAAUAAGUUUCAUUGUGGUCAACAUUUAGCAUUUUUUCUUUUUCUUUUUUUUAGGGAGAUUCCGCGCAAUAUUUUUUACUCACAAGCGUUGCUCCCAUUUCCUCCGUGUCUUACUAUGUGUUGCCGUACACUCUUCCUAUUACGUCUCAUUUUUGUUGAUAUUGUACUUAUAGCAAAUUUUGCAAAUAUGAUUCCAUGAUAUUCCUCCCAUUCUCAGAUUUAAUAUCCCAUUCUUUCCAUCUUUAAUUACCAUUAAAUCACUAAAGUUUCCGCUCCUCGGACAUUUCAAAUGGCAAAUAUAUUACAAGAAUUGUAGAGACUGUACAGAGAGAGAUAGAGAGAAGAAACACAGAGAAAGAAAUAUAUAAGAAUAUUUUAUCACUUUGUAAGUAAUUACAGAUACAUAUAUUGUUAUUUCUCGCGAGGGUUGCAUAAACAAGUAAAAAACGCUAAUCGUAAAGUUAUUCAAUUCAAAAAUCGAAUUGUAUCAUGUUGUAUCAUAUAUAUACUGUAUAUUGUAAUGAUAUAUUAGUUCAUUCAUGGAACGGAGCAGAUGUUACUUGUUGCCCAAUAUAUCUAGAUUAUUUACUAUCGGUUAAUAGAGAAAAGAUAGCAGUUCAAGCGCGCGUGUUCCUCUUCCACUAAUCUAUGAUGUAAAUGCAUAUAUAUCAAUAUAAUUGCCGAUCUAUAUAAUUAAUGUAAAUGCGAUAUAUAUUUUUGGCGGUUGAUGAAAAGAAAAGAAAUCACGACGAAUUAUAAAGUAGAAGUGUAUACUAUUUACGAAUAUGUAAUAAUGUAUCAUAUAAACGCCGAGAUGUGAGGAAGUCUCUUUAAACGUGCUGUAUAGAUCAUACGCAGCGGGUACAACAACAAGUGGCAUCGAUAGGAUUAAUUAAUUGUACAUAAACGUAUCAUUCGUGUUUUUCUACGAUGUUUUGUUACGAUUCUCUUUUUUAAAGGUAUAAGUAGUGUAGAUAGAGUGUAAAUAUAUUAUACGUCGUGCGCGACACAUAUUAUAACACAGACGUCCUUGAAGCGUCCAGGAUCUAUUCUAUAUAUUUGAGCGUAAUAAUUUUUGCGGGGCCACGAAGUCGCGCUCUAGCAGGACAUAUCCGCGUGCGCUGAAACCACAAUAGUCGCGUUCAUUUCCCACGCGCUGGGAAUUACCCGUUCGAAAACUUGCGCUUGGCAUUACUUAAUUGCAAUUAUUAGUCGACAGUGCAUUUACGUCUAAUGACAACGUCUAAUUAAAUUACGAUAUCGUAUAUGUGAAUGCACUGAUGUAAUGCGCCAUCGGACAAUGAUCGAAGCGUUUGUAAUGUUGAUUAGCUUUAAGAAAAAGCUAUACGAAUCGUUUCCGCGUUUUUUCUUCUUUCUUUUUCUUCUAAUUUUGUAUAUAAUCUCUGUAAAUCGAUUUCUGCUUCACUUGUUUCUUAUUAUAAAUGUUAUAAAUGGAGGGACGUAGAUACUGGUUAUUUAAAUAAUAAGAAAUGCAGGGUUGCUUGCAAAAAUCGCAUAAAUCCGAAUUACUUAACUUGUUCGUUUGUUCGUUCGUUGCCAUGUA